GGAACAACAUCGCGACUCAUUGACCGUCCAGUUGGGUUAUUUAUCAAGACGUGACAUGACUGUGUCGAUAUUUAAAGGCGUUCAUUUAUAACAAGUCAAAGUUACUGUAAGAGCCAUCACAGCAGUUCGGAAGACAAUCAUGUUUUGAUCUACGGACACGUCCCGCUGGCGCGCGCGGACUCAGAUGAUCCCACAUUUGGAGACCUACCAGGAGCUCCGGUCCGGGAGAGGAGUAAACACACUUCUUCUGUGCAGGUGACCAGCCGCUUCUGAAUUCUGUUUUCUUCUCGCUGAAUGGCACAACUCUCUAUGGGAUGCAGUUCCGUUUUAUGAUGCAACUGAGAGUAAAACCAUUGUGACUGUUCCUGCUGCUCUAUUAGGUUAGCAACCACCAUUGUGGCCCCAAGGCUACCAGGCCAUGAGCAAUUUCAAGGGCCACUCAGGACAGGACGUGGAGAAGCAGGGGAUCAAGUUGCCAAAGAAAUGGGCCGACCUCAAAGACAAGGUACCCACAGAUCGCACAAUGGUGUUAAGGGGGGUCGGAGGAGGUCCAGACCCCCCAAGAGUUGUGAAGAAGCGUCGUCAGCGCUAUGUGGAGAAGGAUGGCAAGUGCAAUGUGCACCAUGGCAACGUGCGGGAAAGAUACCGGUACCUAACAGACAUCUUCACGACGCUAGUGGACCUGAAAUGGCGCCUCAACCUUCUUGUUUUCACCCUGGUGUACACCACAACCUGGGUGUUUUUCGGCCUCAUCUGGUGGCUCAUCGCCUACAUCCGAGGUGACUUGGACCACACCGACGACAAUGACUGGACACCUUGCGUCAACAACCUCAACGGUUUCGUCUCUGCGUUUCUGUUCUCCAUCGAGACAGAGACCACCAUUGGUUAUGGCUAUCGGGUCAUCACCGACAAGUGCCCGGAGGGCAUCCUCCUGCUGCUGGUGCAGGCCAUUCUUGGUUCCAUCGUCAACGCCUUCAUGGUGGGCUGCAUGUUCGUCAAGAUCUCGCAGCCCAACAAGCGCGCCGAAACGCUCAUGUUCUCCCACACAGCCGUCAUCUCCAUGCGCGACAACAAGCUGUGUCUGAUGUUCCGCGUCGGGGACCUGCGCAACUCGCACAUCGUGGAGGCCUCCAUCCGGGCCAAGCUGAUCCGCUCCAAGCAGACCAAGGAAGGGGAGUUCAUCCCGUUGAACCAGACGGACAUCAACGUGGGCUUCGACACGGGGGACGACCGCCUGUUCCUGGUGUCUCCGCUCAUCAUCUGCCACGAGAUCAACUCCUCCAGCCCCUUCUGGGAGAUCUCCCAAGAGCAGCUGGCGCAGGACGAGUUUGAGAUCGUGGUCAUUCUAGAGGGCAUGGUAGAGGCCACUGGGAUGACCUGUCAAGCCCGGAGCUCUUAUCUGGACGCAGAGGUGGUGUGGGGUGAGCGUUUCACCCCCGUCCUCUCCCUGGAGGAGGGCUUCUAUGAGGUGGACUACGACACCUUCCACCACACCUACCCGACCCCGACCCCCUCCUGCUCUGCCCACGAGCUAGCUGAGCUGGCCAAGAAGGGCGAGAGCAUCCCCUUGCCACCUCUCUCCCCCCACGACACCGUGGAGGAGACUUUCAGGUCGGAGGUCGCGCCGGACGCAGAGGAAGGAGACAUAGAAGGGCCUGGACCACGCGAGGACGAGGCUGAGGCUGAGGCGGACGGAGAGACGGUCAGCCAUGGAGACAUGAACAAAACAGACAGCGGACUAGAAUGACAUAUGUAUGUGUGUGUUAAUCACAUCCACGUCAUCCUCCUGCUCUCCCAGCCUGGGGUUACAUAGCUAAGCUGAGAGUAGUUAGCUAGGGCUUAUCAACAUUUGGAUGUAAUAAGGCAUACAUGAACUUGUCGCUCACUUGUUUACACUGUCUGAGUCAUAUGUCAAUUAACUCAAAUGAAUUCAGCCUUUAGUUCUCUUGACAUCAAUCAUGAAGGCUCUAUCAUAUAGGCAAUUGUUUAUGCUCAAUUUGGACAAGUUAUCCAACUCACAAAAAGUACUUUGGUUAUAGAGGUAAGCAUAUACCAUACUAUAUUUACUCUUGUGUGUUUUUGGUCAUGGAAUGGCACAACUACUCAGUUAAUCCAUAACUGGGCUUUACAUUGCUUUUUUUAGAAAAAGAAAAUUGAGUCAAUUUAUAAAUCAACACAUGUUUACAUCUAAUGGUUUGAUGUAACUGGCACAAUAUUUGGAACAUGUUCUAUUUGUAGGCCUAUGUUGUUUGCAUUUCUGGAAGCAUAUUCUUUUUGUUUACCAAAAUCUUUUUUUAAAUAAUAAUAAUAAUAAUGAUAAUACAAUAAAUCAGUCAGCACAAUAUGUAAAUGUAUGAUCACAAGGGCAGAUAUUGACCUUAUGGUUGGUUAUAGUGUCAUAUUGACCAGACAUUCCUUAACAUGAUGCCAAUACAUAGUUAAUUUACUUUCUCCAUUAUAACUUAAGUGAAUCAGAAUGUUUCAAGGAGUGCUUGUAGACUAUUUCACAUGACAUAGAUGACUACAUAAUGCUCACUUCAUGUAGGCCUACGCUUGGGCACUGAGUGUUUCAAUAUGGGUGAAAUGCGCCAUCUACUGUUCAAAUCGCACAUACAUUUUUAUACUUUUUUUGUCAACGAUGGUUUCUCUGAAGUUCUGUACAGAUUUCCAUUAAAUAUUGCAAUGUCUCGUUUUGUGUGAUAUCAUAAUAAAUUAUUUAACUAUAAUCUAUGUUUUCGAAACAAUGUCAAUAAAAGAUUGACC